CGUUUAAAGCCAACCCACCCACCCAGCACACAAGUUGAUAGCGCCGUCAUCCGAAUUCGAAGAUGGCGGCAGUUAGAGCUGAGAAAGAGCGUCUCAACCAUCUCUUAGGUUCUCACCUCACCACCAUCCAUGAAACCCUACAGCUUUUGGAUCAAACUCCUCCAUCUUCUUCCUUCGAUGCCAAAGUCACCUGGGAAGAUGUCAUUAAGAUGUCCGAACAAGUUUCUAAACAAGCCACCACAGUUGGAAUGCUUUGGACUGGAGACCAACCGGAUUCAAAAGCAAUUGAGGAAACUAUGACAUCCUACUUCAAUAAUCUACAAGGUUUUCUCUUGAUUUCUCAUGGCAGCAAGAUAGGUGCAGGGCCUACUUUGUCUUCGAGUAUUCAUGAAUCUGUCAAGCAAGUUGUUGAUUCCAGCUUCAGGUUGAUGAAGGAAACUGUCUCUUUUUAUGGUUCCCGUCAAGAAGGCCAGAAACAAUCAGUUCCGCAACUGGUAGGUGCUGUGUGGGAAGCGUGUUCUGCCCUCAAAAAGACUCCCACAUCAAAUAUUACAGCAAUUGGGCGAGGAAUGACAAAGGUUGCGGUUUCAGUGAAGGAUGUUCUACGCGAGAUGAAAGAAUUAAAACCAGAUUCUAGUGAUGAUCUUGUUGACAAGAGUUGUGCAGAAACAGAGUCAUUAUCAAGUGAAGGUGAUCUUGGGAAUGACCUAUCACCAGAAGAGAUGAAAGUGGCUGAAAGAACCAUUGUGGUUGUGUCUGACAUGCUAUCAGUCUUGAAAGAACUUAUUCGCUCCAUCACAGGCUUGAUUAAGAUGGAAAAACCAAGCGACAAUAGUAGUUUUGUAGAUUCACUUGAAAAAUUGUUGCAGCUUUGUCAGGAACUUGGUCAACAGAUUGAUGAGAUUGGAGCUUGCCUCUAUCCCCCGCAAGAGAUUUCUUCCAUCGAGGCUGCACUGGAGAAAAUCAACAGCAUUAUUGAUGUUCUGCAAGUGGAAUUAGGAGGACUUCAAGGUGCCUCAGAUGCAUUUCUGGAGGCAUGCAAUGGUUUGAGGAGCUCAUUGAGAGAGCUUGCAUCUGAACUAAGUUGCUCUAAUACUGCUGAUAUAGAAGCCAGAGUGGAAAAUAUAACAUUAACCGAUAAGUAGACUCUUGUUUGUACCUUUUUUGUGUGCAAUAAUUUUGACCAAGUAGAAUUUGUGUAGAAUUUCUGAAAUGAUCCUGUUGAUGAUUUUCUCUAUAUAGAUAUAAGUAUAUUUUUGUUUCUUGUAAACCACUUCUUUUAGUUUUUAUUUUGCCCAGGAUACUGUAAUUUUUGCCGAGUAUUUGUCUCCAAAGGUCCAACGUUAAUCGAAUUGCGUUCCAAAUUUAACAUUUCAA